AUGCGAUUCACGAGGAAUAAAUCCUCCGCCGCCGACGCGUCGUCGUCGACGCAGAGCGAUGAGAAUUCGACGGCGAUCAACGUCGGGCCGGUGCGCCUGAAACUCCCGAUGAAGAUUCGAUUCGGAAACGACGCCGCCGAGCUCGAACGACGGCGACAGGCGAACAGCAACCCGCUGGCGAAGAUUCGAGGCUCGAUGGCGGGCGUCGGACGGUCGAUCAAGGGCGUGGGGAAUCUGCAGCAGACGCUCAUGACGAACAUGAUGGUGAAGGUCAUCGCGGGGGUGUCGGGAACGCUGAGCGGGUUGUUGCUCGCGGGAUUGGCGUAUAAGGUGGUGGGAGGAUAUCAAGAUGAGAUAAAAGAGGCGAGGCGGGAGGUGCAGCGGCAACACCAGGAGAGGAAGGCGCGAUUGGCGCAGGUGAGACGAUUGCUGAGCGGACCGCUGCGGGCGGCGGCGAAAGAUUUGAGAAACAGAUUGGAGUUUAUAUUAAAGGUGCCGCCGAGACGUUCGAGCGGGGAACCGCCGAAGAUUCGGGCGAAUUAUUUUGCGGCGCAUUAUCCCGAUAAUCCCAACGAAGCGGUGAAUUCGACAUUGUUUCGGUUGUGUCGGUAUUUGCACUGGGUCGAGCAGUUUCAACGCGGGGUGCAGUUGGAAGGCGUGAGCGAGCAGGACACGUGGCAGUUCGCGUUGGAUCAACAGCUUGAUCGCGUGGCGAUGGAGUUGGAGGUGAGCAACGAGCGCUACGACGCAACUGUACCGACAGAGCGUUUGACUGAGGUUUUCGCGCUCAUACACGUUCGUGAGGUGGAGAAGGAGAAGCGAGUCGAGGGCGACGGCGCUGACGACGGCGGAGACGAAGGUGAAAAGUUAGCGAGUAAACGGUCUAUUUUUCGCCGAAUCGAUUCCUCAUUGAAUGAGAAAACGACGGCAAUGGAACCUUUAGAGGCUGCGGAUUCGGCACCGAAGCGUCGCGUCGGACUCCUCAGCGCAGAGCCUCAGGAACGUCUCAGUCGAUUUCCGAUGCGCUUGUUUCGCGACACGCAAGUCGCACUGGCGGAGGUUUUUGGUAAGCUCCACACACUUGAAUCCGGCGCUGGUCAGCCUCAACAUGAAGGUAAGGUAAACCCGCACAUGUUGUACACAGAGUUCGUCAUGAAACUCGAAGAGGCGCAAAUGCUCUACGAGCGCACCGUGGAAGAACAAGCCUCCGAAGGUCUCGUUGAUGCAGCCACAGUCUUGGUCGCGCAGCAAGAAAAUCUCCAAGCCGAUCCGUGGUUUAGAUGGAUGCUUCCGCUGCAGCUUCAAAUUCGACGCUUGGCCAUGCUACAGUCCCAGACGUCCAAGCUGUUAACGAGGAAGGAGGCUCGCGAACUCCUCGCCGCGAGGGCACGUUUGCGCGGCGUCCUCGACGGCUUGAACGGUUUACUUGACGUGCUCGACAGACGAUUGGACGAUCCGUUGUUCAACAAGCCCAAACACAAUUUAAAGCAAAAGCACUUGGCGACGGCUAAAAUCGCAACGAAGAAGGUAAAGUUGGAGGCGUUGAAGCGCGAAAAGUCACUGGCGCGAUGGAACAAGUUGAAACAAGCGAUCCCUUACGUCGCAAAGUAUCGCCGCCUUCCACCUCCACCUGCGAGCAAGAGAUAUAUCCGUUUAGUGACAGGAGAUGAGUUACUGGCGUUCGUUCGACGGUAUAAAGCGAAAGCCGUGGCGGGCGUCGUCUCUGCGGUGAGCACCGCCGUCGUGAGCACUGUCAUCUCGAAAGUUGUCCAGCAUCAAAACAAGCGGCCAAAAGCGGUUGAAAUCGUGAAAACCGAGAGCGAAAGCGCUGAAAGCGAAGGCACGACUAAGGAGAAAAAGACGAACGAUGAAGCAAUCGAAGGUGAAUUCGCACCGCCCACGAAGACGCGUCCUAGACUUCGCAAUAGUGUGAAAGUCAAGUGA